UAUUUAUUGCUGCUGACUAGCGUUGGAGAAAGUUAGUUGCCCUUGCCAGUGCUGCAUUGCUAGUGUAGUUACUAGUUAGUUCGAAGUCCGCGGCCGUCAUAUCACGAGAGAAGAGAUCUUCCUCCUGUAACUGUAGACUCGAGACAGAGACAAGCCAGUGGUGGAAGAGAUCGAGCAAGCCAAUCGUUCCCAGCAGCAUUUCAAGUAGCAAGCCAACAAGUAGUGCUUCGAGAGCUUGUCGUCAGGCAACGAGAUCGAGAGCGAGCCUGGAAAACAAACAAGGCAAUCGCACUCCCACGUCACGGUAUUACAUUAAUUUAGCUGCACAGACAAGAUGACCAGUUUCCUUCCAGUUCGUUGUGGCCUGUUGUUGGCCAUAAUUCUGUUGAUGGUCAGUUCGAUUGGGAACAUUGGUGUUUCGUCAGCGAGCAGCAGUAGAAACGAGCCACAAGAGAGUGCACUGCACUCGAACUUGGAGUUGGGUGAGGAAUGGAACGCGGACGUGCGGGAGUACGUGUUCAACGCGCUGGCCUUGGAAUCCGUGUCCGAUUCCAGGCGUUGGGCGUCCUCAAUGGCGCGGGAGAAACGCCAGCAGCCACAACAAGAGCAGAAGGAUGGCGUUGGCGGUGAUCCGAAUGGCGUGUUCACCUGGUCCGACUGCAGUCAACCCGGCUCUCCGGUGAGCAUCAAAACGCUGCAGCUGACGCCAGACCCGAUCUUGGUACCCGGUACUGCCUCACUCAACCUGGUACUGACGUCAGAACAGGCCGUCGGUGGCCGCAUCGCAUUGGACCUACAGAUAUUCAAGCUGAUUGGUGCGCAGUGGCGCAAGGCUCCCUGCAUCAAUGGCAUGGGAUCGUGCCUGUACGAGGACGUGUGCAUGGUGCUGAAGGAGAAAUUUCCAUCGUGCCCUGGCAACACGACCUGCCACUGCCCUUUCCCGGCGGGGUCGCCCCAUCUGCAGCAUGUGUUCCAGAUUCCCACUCCGCGGGGGAUUCCCCUCCAGCUGAUUGAGGGAAAGUACCACGUGAUCGCUAACGCCACACACACGGGCAGCGAUGGCCACUUCAACUUCUGCAUUGAUCUGCAUCUGGCGCUGCACGUAGACUUGUGAGUUAGGCGUGUACUGCUCCUGUCCUAAUGUUAUGUACAGUGUAGUGUAUGCACAUUGAUCACCAAGUGAACUCAUGGCUCACAAGUCCUGCACAUGCACAAACUGCUCUUCCUCACCCUGCUGUGUCCCAUUGUCUAAAAUCAUCACCGAUGGCCAUGUGUCGUAUUGAUUUCCUGCCCGUUGCCACAACAUACACUGCCAACGGUCCAACAACUUAUGACGAUCCAGCGAGCUCAUUCAACUUUGCGUUUCGCUUUGCUUUGUUUGUCCUCUUCUGUGAGUUUGUUAGAAGGAACACACUCAUUCACGGAGCAUUAUUUUGAAGUUUCUUUCCGUAAUAUCACGCUCUGCAAUUCAUGCUCUGCAUUUCAUGCUCCGCACCUCCAUAAGUUAUGCAAGUGGUGUGAAAACUGAUACGAAGUGUGCCACUGUCGCGUGUUGAA